AUGUCGCAUUACCAUGGAAUGUUCGAUGUGAUUCAUGCACGCAGUUCUGCCAACGGGGUCACUAAUUUCCGAGAGUUUAUAAACGACAUGGGACUUUGCUUGCGACCAGGUGGUAUUUUGUUGGUGAUCGAAGGGGAUUUGCAAUUAUGGUCGUACAACAGGGAGCCUCAGGAGAUUGCUUACGGCGAUGGUGAUCGAAACAAAAGUUGGAUGGCGAGGAUGCUUUUUGAGGCGUUCAGUACUAUGAAGGGUCGUGGUUCACACGUAGAUGCCAACGUCAACCUUUACAAUUGGUUGUGUCAGAACCCGCUAUUUGAAGACGAGGACUGGGGAAAGUUGUUCACCCCUAUCGGACCAUGGGAACGAGGUCGGACGACUGCCGAAACUAACAAACUCCAAAUAAUUGGUGAACUCAUGCGUCAGAAUUCGUUGGCUUUCGUCAGAGCUCUCAAACCUCUCUUGAUUUCCGAAGGAUAUGCUCCUGAAAUCGUUGACCGGUUUAUCGCGGGCACUGACAGAGAGCUAUCUGAACUAAGCAUACAUAUGUACGUCAAGUGGCACUAUGCAUGGGCAGUUAGAAAGGCAGAGUUAGAUCCUGGUCUUGUACCUGUUGACGAAAGAUCAGCUCAGGCUGAGAGUGGCCCAGAGACAACCCCCUCCACCUCCACAAUUUCAACUGUGGGCUCUCCACUCACCGUCGACGGACUGUCAGACCCAAACCAGUUUUCUCUGGAGAAAGAUGGUGAAAACAAAAUGCAUAUUGGAUCCUCCUCCGUCGGCAGCUUGGAACGCAUGUCAGAUGUAGGGCUGUGGGCCGCGCAAAGCUCGGGAGUCGCAGCUGCCGAAACAGACUCUGGGAGUGAACAUGGUUCCGAGGAGGAAUUUAUUGACGUAGAUAGUGAUGGCGAUGUAGAUAUAGAAGAUGUGACAGAUGCGUAG